UCUUCAAGUCGGUCUCUCUCUCCAUUCGUUAAAAGUUCUGAUUCUCUCUCCUCUUCUGUCCAAGUCGGCUUCGAACGUUGAAAAGCGAAAACCACUUUCCCUGAACUUUGUCUGAAUUUACAGGUUUUUAUGAAUUGGGACACACAGUUGAUUGGCGUCGAAGCUCCGGUACCUCUAACUUUGUAUUUUAGAGGUACAUGUGUUCCAGAUUUCCCUGGCACUAAGGCAUUAAGGGUUUUGGAGCUCAUUUUCUGGUAUUCUUCACAGUGUAAUUUAUCUGUUGAAAUCACAAAAUCUCAAUGGUGCGAAAGAAGCCUAGAGCACGUGAGGAUGAUGAUCAGGGUCGUGGGGUAAAAUCGAGGAAGAAGUUGGUAGUAGUUGAUGACGAUGAAUACUUGAUAGGGACAGAAUUAUUGGAGGAGCAGCAGGUUCAAGAUGAGAAAGUUAGACCAGUUAGUGCUAAGAUGAAGGGGAAGAAGGGAGCUUCUAAGAAUUCACAGGAGAAAGAUGAGGGUGCAGAAGAAGAAGAAAAAGAAGAGGAGGACAAUGUACCCGCUAUAGCAUUUGUAGGGAAGAAGAAGUCUAGAUCCAAAAAGGGUGUGAGCAGCACUAGCUUUAGCUCUUCGAGUUUUGGGUUACUUGGAGAGGUGGAUGAUGAUGAUGACAGGUCUGGAGUUACUUGUAAUAAGGAUGAUGAUGUUGCCAGUGAUGAUGAUGAGGAGUCUGUAGUAUCUUUUAUGGGCAAGAAAAAACCAUCUCAGUCGGAAAAAAAGAAUAGUAAUCUGGCGAGGGUGUCUGCUUUUGGUGUAAUUGUGGAUGAUGAGGAUGAUGAUAGGAAUACUAUUGAGAACUCAGCAAAGGAACACCAAUAUAGUAACGAUGACGAUGAGUGUAUUUCUUUUCUGGGGAAGAAGAAACCAUCUAAAUCCAAUAAGAAGAGCAGUGCCCAUGUGUCCACUGGUUCCGGUUUUGAUAAGUUUGACCGUUGGGACACUAAGGACAAAGUUAAAGGGGACGAUGUUGCUGCAGUAAGUUUCUCUGGUAAAAAGAAGUCUUCAUGGUCUUCAAAGAAGAGUAAAAGCAUGGAUAGUGAUGCUUUAAUUGAUGAAGAAAAUGAGGAGGGCACAUCUGUUGCUAAUGAUGAUUUUGCUACCCUUGAUGAAGAUCCAUCAGCAAUUAUAUUUUCUGGUAAAAAGAAGUCAUCCAGAAAGAAAAGUAAUAGCAUUUUCAGUGCUCCUGAAUCUAAUCUUGGAGAUAAUUCAAAUGUGGAACCGGAAGAGCCUAUUGAGGUUGUUAGUAGCAAAGAAGCUGAUGAUCCCAAAAGUUACAAACAGGUGAUUGAAGAUGUGUCAGAAACUUCGAAGAACAAAAAGAAGAAGAAGAAGUUUGGAAGGACAGCUCAAGAAGAGGACGACUUACUUCUGGCAGAGCUCGGUGAGGGGUCUACUACAGCAAAACCAGCUCAGGCUCCUUCUCCACGAGAGAUUAAAGCUCAGACUCAACCUGAAUCAGUUGGUUUGUCAGAUGAUUCAUUUGAAAAGGAAGGUGAAGCCGAAGGAGGCAUGGUUUCGGCUGCUGCAAAGAAGAAGAAAAAGAAGAAGGUAAAAGAGAAAGAGAAAUUAAGGCAAGAAAAACCAGAAGAAGCAAAAAAUGGAUCGAAGGGUAAAGCAACAGAUAAGAAAGUCCCAAAGCAUGUAAGGGAGAAGCAGGAGAGGCUGGCUACGCUUGAGGAAUUGGAGGAAAAGAAGAGGAGGGAAGAAGAGGAGAAGUUAAGGAAGGAAGAGGAAGAGCAAAGGAGGCAGGAAGAACUCGAAAGGUUAGCAGAAGAAAAGAAGCGCUUGAGAAAGGAAAAGGAAAAGGAGAAACUUCAGAAGAAGAAACAGGAAGGAAAGCCAUUAACUGGGAAACAGAAGGAAGAAGCUCGGCGACUGGAGGCAAUGAGGAACCAAAUACUUGCUAAUGGUGGAGGGUUGCCUGCUACUGGUGAUAUGGGUGGUGCUCCCACACAACGGCCAAAGUAUCAAACCAAGAAAAAACCACCUAACUCACAAGCAAUUGGCGUGGCCCAAGAAAUGGAAGUUGAAAACACAGAAGUAAUGGAAAAUCAACAGGACUCUGGCGCUGAGGUUGAGUCCUUGGAACCAGAGAAGGUUGAGACCAUAAUUGUGGAGGAGAAAACAGAAGUCGUCAGUGGUACGUUUGAAGAGAAUGUAAUUGAAGAAGAUGGUGAUGAAGAUGAAUGGGAUGCAAAGAGUUGGGAUGAUGCUGCCUUUGCCAAUGAAGAGGAUGACUUUGAGCCUGAACAGGUGGUUAAGAAAGAGGCUUCAACUUCGAAGGCACCAGUUUUUGCCCCAAAAGUUACGACAACCUUACCAGUUAAAUCUCUGGAUGGUGAAAGUAAGAAAAGCCGACCUGACACAGAGUUGGCAGAUAAAAAUAAGAGGAAAGAACCAAAAGGCAAGAAGGAAGCACAAAAUUCAUAUGCUUGGCCAAACCAGAGUGAAGCUAACCUCCGAUCCCCAAUUUACUGCAUCAUGGGCCAUGUUGAUACGGGAAAAACCAAGCUCCUUGAUUGUAUUAGAGGCACUAAUGUUCAGGAAGGUGAAGCUGGAGGGAUUACUCAACAAAUUGGUGCAACAUAUUUUCCAGCUGAGAACAUACGGGAGAGAACAAAGGAACUGAAAGCUGAUGCAAAGCUGAAGGUCCCAGGUCUUUUAGUUAUUGAUACCCCUGGACACGAAUCGUUCAAUAAUUUAAGGUCUAGGGGUUCAGGUUUAUGUGACAUUGCAAUUUUGGUCGUCGACAUAAUGCAUGGUCUGAAACCACAGACUAUCGAAUCACUCAAUCUUCUGAAAAUGAGGAAUACGAAAUUUAUUGUCGCAUUGAAUAAGGUGGACCAACUAUAUGGGUGGAAAGCUUGUCGGAAUGCACCAAUUGUUAAGACAAUGAAGCAGCAAGCCAAAGAUGUCCAACUUGAAUUUGAUAGGAGGCUCACUGACGUUAUUACUCAGUUCAAGGAACAAGGAUUGAACACUGAGUUGUAUUACAAAAACAAGGAAAUGGGGGAAACUUUCAGUAUAGUUCCCACAAGUGCAAUCAGUGGCGAAGGCAUUCCUGAUUUACUAUUAUUGUUAGUUCAAUGGACUCAGAAGACAAUGGUCGACAAACUAAUGUACAGUAAUGAAGUGCAGUGUACGGUUUUGGAGGUUAAGGUUGUUGAAGGCCAUGGGACAACAAUUGAUGUGGUGUUAGUUAAUGGUGUGCUUCAUGAAGGAGAUCAAAUUGUUGUUUGUGGCAUGAAGGGACCCAUUGUCACCACAAUUCGAGCAUUACUGACUCCCCAUCCAAUGAAGGAACUCCGAGUCAAGGGAACCUAUCUGCAUCACAAAGAAAUCAAGGCUGCUCAGGGCAUCAAGAUUACUGCACAGGGCCUUGAGCAUGCGAUUGCUGGCACUGGUCUGUAUGUGGUGGGGCCUCAUGAUGAUUUAGAAGACAUCAAGGAAUCAGCCAUGGAAGAUGUGCAGUCAUUAUUGAGCAGGAUUGAUAAAAGUGGUGAGGGAGUGUGCGUUCAGGCCUCUACUCUAGGAUCAUUAGAAGCAUUGUUGGAGUUUUUGAAGUCCCCAGCUGUAAGCAUACCCGUCAGUGUUAUCAGCAUAGGCCCGGUGCAUAAGAAGGAUGUCAUGAAAGCUAGUGUUAUGCUUGAGAAGAAAAGGGAGUUUGCUACAAUCUUGGCCUUUGAUGUUAAAGUGACGCCGGAGGCUUGGGAACUUGCGGAUGAAGCUGGUGUCAAGAUUUUCAUUGCUGACAUCAUUUAUCACCUGUUUGAUCAGUUUAAGGCCUACAUUGACAAUCUCAAGGAGGAAAAGAAGAAAGAAGCUGCUGAAGAGGCAGUUUUCCCAUGUCUUCUCAAGAUUAUGCCGAACUGCGUUUAUAACAAGAAGGACCCCAUUAUUUUGGGGGUUGAGAUUCUCAAAGGCAUUGCUAAGGUUGGAACUCCAAUUUGUAUACCACAGAGGGAGUUCAUUGAUAUUGGUCGAAUUGCAUCCAUUCAGAAUAACCGCAAGCCACUUGAUUAUUCAAAGAAAGGCCAGGAGGUGUCCAUUAAGAUAGUUGGUAGCAAUUCGGAGGAGCAGCAAAAGAUGUUUGGCAGGCAUUUUGACAUUGAAGAUGAGCUUGUCAGCCGUGUUUCUAGGAAGUCAAUUGAUGUUCUUAGAGAUAAUUAUCGGGGCGACCUGUCGGAGGAGGAGUGGAAGUUUGUCAAGAAACUGAAAAUCCUCUUUAAGAUACAAUAAUAACUUUAGAACUUUGACAUAUCGGCGGAGCACUUAAUCUUUCUAGAUGUAAUGAGGUCCUUCGAGGUUGUGAGGCGUGCAAUGUAAAGAAACGGAGCUUCUUUUUGGGAGGGAUCGAUCCCGUUUGCAUUUGAAGUGGCGCCCAAUAUUGUGAUUCAUGAGUGAGCCCUUUUUGUCCUGCAAUCACGGGCUAGGGCGAUCUUC